AUAAAGAAUUAUAUUUAGUUUUAUUGUAAUAAAUUAAUUCCUCUAUAGUGUAUGGUACGAUAAGGAUACGAUAUGGAAAUCCCAAACAAAAAAUUGCUUCUACUCUUUCUUAUAACAUUUCAAUUUGCUGGAUUUUCUGCAGAUAAGUUACCGCUUUGGACUUGGGAUUGCAUUAACGAUAGAUGUGUACCAUCGAAAGCAACUCUGUCAGGAAAACUACAGACCCUAAUAACAUGUAACAUGCUAUGUGGCUCCAUGAUGCUCUGGCCGCAGCCAACUGGCCGUGUUAGCUUAUCCGCAACAGCUGUGCCUGUCCGUGCUGAUUUAUUUCACCUCCAAAUAAUAUCGUUUCCAUCCAGAUCAGUACGGGAACACGUACGUGAAGCUUUUGAAAUAUUUAGAGAUGUUUUACGUAGAUUGGAAAAUCAAACACGCGCAUACGAGGAUUGGAGAGCCGUUUCUGUCAGAGUCGCCAUCAAUGAAAGCGGCUCUUUAGAUCCGAGGCUUCGUCUUAAUACAGAUGAAAGUUAUCGAUUUAAAUUACGACCGAAAAAUGGUACAAAGAGAUCUCUUAUAAUAGACAUUUUUUCCAAUUCAUUUUGCGGUACACGUCAUGCCUUUGAAACAAUAUCGCAGCUUAUCUGGUUAGAUAAGUAUGCAGGAUCGCUUGUUAUGUUAGAAGCGGCCAGUGUUGAUGAUGCGCCACGUUUCAAAUAUCGAGGACUGAUGUUGGAUACCGCUCGUAAUUUCUUUCCACUAAAUGACGUUAUAAGGACUAUUGAUGGAAUGGCCGCUAAUAAGUUAAACACGUUUCACUGGCAUGUAACUGACUCUCAAUCAUUUCCACUACAGUUGGAAAGUAUUCCACAUUUAGCCGAGUACGGAAGUUAUGGCCCCGGAGCAGUAUAUACCAGUGACGACGUACGAACUGUAUCACGUCAUGCAAGACUUCGAGGAAUACGUGUUUUAUUGGAGGUAGAUCUACCAGCUCAUGUGGGAAAUGCUUGGGUUUGGAGCUUACACAAACGUGUCAAUAACAUGAUCCACUGUUUGGACUCACAUCCUUGGUAUGAAUAUUGUAAUGAACCUCCUUGCGGACAAUUAAACCCGCGUAGUGUUGAAGUUUAUGAAAUUAUAGAGCGUUUGUAUGCUGAAAUCACUCAACUUACGGGAACAGAUGAUAUCUUUCAUAUGGGUAACGACGAUGUCUCACAACGCUGUUGGGUUGAACAGUUUAACACUUCCGAUCCAAUUGAUCUGUGGUUGAUAUUUACUCAAAACGCAUUACAUCGUUUAGAAUCAGCGAUGGGAAAGUUACCAGAUUUAAUUAUCUUCUGGGCAAGUGAAAUGAGCAAACGUAUUAAACUUGAUUUGAAAGAUUAUGUGCAUAAAAUAGGAUUGCAGGCUCGCGAUGUAACAUGGACGCAAAAAUAUGUUAGCGGAAUACGAACUGUGAUAUCCCACGAAGAUGCUUGGGAUUUAAAUAGUGGCUACGGUUCUUGGUAUGAAGAAACUGGGGGUACAAUAUACAACUCAUGGCAAAGAGUAUACGAACAUAGACCUUGGAGUAGAAAAUCUAUUAAAUGUUUAGAGGGAGGCGAAGCAACCAUAUGGACAUCAACUUUAAGUGCUUGCGCGCUUGAUCCAAGAAUUUGGCCACGAGCAGCUGCUCUGGCUGAAAGGCUAUGGUCAGAUCGAGCUGAAGGUGCGACUCGACCAGUAUAUGCCCGGUUAGACAUCCAUCGUUCACGGCUUAAGUCACGUGGGAUACAAGUUUCGCCUUUGUGGUCGACUUGGUGCACACAUAACCCAUAUACAUGCUAA